AUGACAUCCACAACACCUGCCCAGCACACAUCGACCACGGAUACCAGCAUGCGGCAUCGCAGCCACCGCGGAACACAGCGUCUGGCACUUGCGGGGAAAGAACACCGGUCAAGCUCCGUCAUAGGACGGCGCUGGUGCGCCGUUGGCUGGUCGAUAGCCGGAUACCCCUUCCCAACUCACCGUCUGCCUUGUCUGACGGCACGACUUGCCCUUGCGGACACCGAAGCCACGGCCAGCACGGCAGGCAUAGUGCAGAUUGCUCCUCCUGCGGCGGAUGUCCUGCCUCAUGUACGGUCCGCAGAGUACCAGCUCCUGCAAAUCCGUUGUAUUCCCAUCAUCCUCCCCAUCCCAUCGGCCGCCCUACGAUAUGCCGUCUUCAUCACACAACAUCCCAACAGCAUAAGGUGGCCUGCGUCCAGCUUGUCCCACGCACCAACGCAAGGUCUGUUACCUCAGCCAUGCAAGAAACCCCCAUUCAGAAAGCCAAAGUACCUGAUACACUUAGCAACCGCUCUCACAAAUGCUUUAUCUUUUCUCCUUCUCCCCACCGCCCACUCUCCUCUGCGAUUCGUCCAUGCCACGCGUCCCUUGGAUCCCACUAACAAGACCAAAGUUACCAAACCAACCGCCGCCAUCACGCGCGCCAGAUUAGAGAAGAGCUAA